AUGCGUCAAAACAAUUUCGACCGAGAAUUGGAUAAAAUGGCGAAUGCCGGGGAGUUUUUGGAAGCCCGACAGGCAAUAAAAGGACUAACGAAACGACCUGAGGAGCUGAUCAAGUUUCUAAAUGGACAACCAUCAAGAUUGUGAGUGAUUUCGGCAUUUUUUAUUAUCUUUUUUUUAGAGAUAAUGUGCAAAAUGAAGCAACUAUUAUUGCCAUGGAAUGUAUCCGAAAGUUCUACAGGAAUCUCAGGGUGAGUUUUGAUAUUAUGUUGAUGCUGUUUUUACUUUAGAGAGAGAUUACAGUUAACGAUGGAGUUCUGGUGGACAAAUCUGACUGCCUAAGGUUCUUUGAACACGAUCCUGAAGAGACAUGCGAUCAUCUGGUCAAGCGUCAUGGUAAGUUAGGUUUUCUCUUCGAAUUUGUUGUUUUAGUCGACGAGUAUUUGGGCAUUGAGAAGAAAAUGAAGAAGAAGUUCAAAAACUCCAAUAAGAAGAAAAAGAAGAAGGUUAAGAGCCCGGAAUUAGUUAGUGAAGACAGUGAAGGAACCUUGAAUGAAAGUAGCGUGACGAUAACAAUCAGUGAACUCGAAGAAAACGACGAACCAUCUACAUCAAGCAGUAGUCAAAGUCGAAGUGCAAAACAGAAUGCCAGAGUCCGGCGUCAGGUUUGUUUUCAGCCUAUGAGUGUUCUCAUUUUGUUUAGAACCUAUUGAAACAACGAGAGGAACCGUUUUCGCCUUCCGAGGCUUCAAAACCGUAUGCUAAUGAUGAUCCACCUCAUCAAGAUGAGGAAAAUGUUAAAUAUCAAAGGCCAGCGGUUCACCAGGUCGAUAGAUCAUGUAGCCCCAUAGGAGAUGAUGAGUUGUUUCAAGGACGACGAGGAUUUCACAGUCCUGCCGUGGUUUCGCAGGAAGAAAAGCAAAUUCGGCCAGCUGGAGAGAGGACACUCGAACUUCAUUCGAUUGAAGUCCAAACCGAAGUGGAAAGAGUAAAAUAUGUCCUUAUAUCCAAACAAUAUUGAAUUUAAUUGCAGAUAGAUGCCUAUACGAUCACCUCGCAUCAAUCCGUCCAGGCGUCGCUGCAAGGAACGCCGAAUUCGUCCGAGUUCUCCUCUUCGAAGACCAGCUCCUCCAUAUUCUCCUCCGAACAUUCAGUCGGACAGAUAUCGCUGAGUCGUAUUAGAUCAACGCGUUUUAAUAUUCUGACAGUUGGAAGAGAUGGGAACGUUCAUGCGAACGGGCCUUCUCACUUUGCAACUCCAAAAUUGGCCGGACGAAGAAUCAGCGAGUUGAUUAGUAACGUAGGUCGCAAAAAUGGGGCGUUCUGGGUGUUGUAGGGAUUGGAAGCGAAUUAGAAAAAACAGAAAUACGUAUCGAAUUUGGUGUUCGUUUUUUUAAUUUGCGAAGACGAGUAAAUGUUAUAGGAAUCAACACGCACGCGAACAGUAGAACCUAACUUAAAUCUCCACCUUCAAAGCCACACGGAAUCACCUCUUGUGGUUCAAGAAGAGUCGAUUCGAAGCGACUCGGAACGACGGCCAAGGAUCGUCGACUUUGAUCAAAAUAAUGAUAAUAUAGAAGAAUUCAUAGAACGCCAAAUGGAAGAAAUGCGCGUUUCCAGCAAAGAGGACGAGGAUGAAGACCUAAGCACUCUAAAUCAAGUCUCUCCCCUUCCGACGACGGGAUAA